CAGAGCGCGGAGUUCUGCCAACAUCUUCAUCGGUAUGGCCGGCUCAGACGAUCAGAAUGGCGCCGUCAGGAGGUUCUCGGGCGAGAAGCCCACCGAGUACAAGGCGUGGAGGAAGUGGGCAAGAGCAUGGAUCAAGUCCAAGAAUAUCAACGAGGAUGCUCGAGGCUCAGCACUGAUCACCCUCCUGACGGGCGCGGCCUUCAGGGCCAUCAAGGACGUCGAGGACGACCUCAUAGAGCAGGCUGGCGGAGACGACGUGAUCUUUGCCAUCCUGGACGACAGGUGCCCCGACCUCCCGGCCUUAGACCGGCUCGGGGAGGUGAUGCGUGCUUGUCUGAGGCUCGAGACUCACGAGCAUGAGGAGGCCAAUGCAUACACGGCCCGAGCCAGGGCCAUCUUCGCUGACGCCGAGCGCGAGGGCUUCGUCUUGCCAGAGAUCGCGCGCGGCAUCAUGCUUCUCGAGGGCUGCCACCUGGACUCAGAGAAGGAGGCGGUCGUCAUGGCGGCAGCCCACGGCUCAUGGCGAGAGCCCGACGUCGCGAGAGCUCCGAGGACCACGUAUCGGGCAGGCCUGGGGAAGAUGGCUACCGGCGGUCAGGGUCACCACAAGGCCUUCGUGGCCGAGCAGGAGAUCGACGGCGACGGGACCAUCGAGGAUGACGACGGCGACCCAGAGCGCGACGCGCUGCUGGCCGACCACGGAGUGCAUGACAAUGCCGACCCACCAGUUGAUGAGCGAGACCUCAUCGACGCCUUGAUCUCAUGGAAGGAGCAGCGGAAGCUACACGGUCACGCGAUCCUGGACCUUGGGCGCGCCAAGGGCAUGGUGGGCACGGAGACCUUCAAGCAGCACUGCCGACGACUCCGACGAGAUCAUGGACUACAGCCAGUACAUCUACCCGAUGCCCCGCAGGUUACUUUUCGCUUCGGUAACGAUGGCAGCCAGUCGUCAGUGGGCGAGGUGCUGCUGCCGAGCGGGAUCCUGGGCAGGAGCGCAGUCACGAAGUGGUCCCUGGUGCCAGGUUCGGCGCCCUCUCUCAUGUCCAAGCAGCAGAUCGAGGCCAUGAUGUCCCAGAUUAACACCGCGAGGGACACAGUGACUAUCGCCGAUCUGCCGGAGUGCACGCUUCCCACAGGAGCUGGUGGUCAUUACGUUCUUUCCGUGACCGAGUUCGACCCCGAGGGUUUCCAGGGCAGCCUGGGCCCGAUGAUCAGCGACCCUGAGGUCACCAUCUACAUGACGGUCGCCGCGACGGAGAAGCAGCCGAACGUGAUCCCUGCUCCCGAGGGGUCGGCCGGCGACACCGAGGACAUGACCAUGUGCGACAGGGCUGGUGGUCCACCACCUACACUUCCACGGGAAGUUGAGGAUGCUGCCCGCAUCUUUCUCGGCGACAACCAUGAUCGGUGCGUGGCGACGAUAGCACCAGCGGAUCUCGACCUUCUGCCAGCUGACCGGCAGGAGCAUGUCGAGUACCGUGUUGAGUCUACUGCAGAUGCUGAGGGUGGCGCUGGGAUCAUCGAGGACCUGGUCGACGAGCUCGCGGAGGCAUAUCGCCCAUCGGGCAGUGCCACUGGCCAGCUCACCCGCCGACAGCGACGACGAUUGGUGAAGGACAUCGCUACGGUCACCGCGCAGCUACGGCGCGCGGGACCCUUCGAGCUGUUCAGCCCCGAGCGAGUGGGUCCGAAGGCCGAGAUCAAAGCUUCUCAGCGCUAUCCCCCUGCACUGGUUCGUGCUAUCGUGAACGGGAUGUCCAAGGAGCUGGCAGUUCUGGUUUCCGAGGUGGAGGUCGAGGAGUCGCUGCAGGCGAGGGCCGUGCUCUGGCAGGGCUUGGUCGAGGUCCACACUCACGAAUCUCUCAUGACGGAGGUGUUUGCCGCGUCCAAGAGGCGCAAGAAGGCCGACCAGGACGUGGAGGAGCCGCCAGAAUCCCAAGCCGAAGUUCGAGAUCGACGGCGGAAGCUGGAGACAGCGGUUCGCAAUAGCCAUGUCAACCUUGGCCACCCAGCGGUCGGGGACCUGAUCCGCAUCCUCAAGCAUGGCAACGCGACCGAGGAGGCCAUCGCCAUCGCACGGGAUUUCAAGUGCGACGUAUGUGAAUUGAACCGAGCUCCCAAGUUGCCACGGCCAGCGACGGUUCCCAGAGACAUUCAGGCGUUGUCCGAGGUGGGCUUCGACGUCAGGGAGCUGCCGUACUACAUCUCUGGGAAGACCUGGGCCGCUCUGAGCGUUGUGGAUGGCGCCAGCUCUCUCCAACAGAUGAUGCCGCUGACGGGUAAUGAGGAGAACGGUGAGACUCUCAGGAAGGCCUGGGACGUGGGCUGGCGAUGGCCCCGCGGAGCACUGGCCAGGGCCAAGUGUGACUCGGCCCGGGCCAACACCGGUGCCAUCAUGUCCGAGGUGCUGGGGCGCGACGGAGUGGACUUUGACGUCAUCCCAGGCGAAGCUCACUGGUUACUCGGAAAGGCUGAGAGACAUGGCUCCUGGUUCGCCAACAUCCUGAGCAAGGUGAUCGAGACUGUCCAGCCGAAGAAUCACCGGGAGUGGGAGCAAUGCGUCGGCAUGGUCUGCGAUCAGAAGAACCGUCUCUUGAGGAAGCAUGGGCACAGUCCGUGCCAACAUGUGUUCGGACGGGAUCCUCCUCUCCCGGCCGACCUCCUCAAGGACUCACCUGACAUUGUUGCGAACAGUUUGGCACUACACAGCGACGUCUACCAGCGGGCUACGGCAGUUCGGACUGCCGCCCGCAUGGCCGUCCUGAUGUACAGUGACGAUGAGGAGGAGCGGGCAGACUGGCAUGUGCGUCAAGAGUUCAGGGCCGCCCAAGAGAAGUUCAAAGGAAAGCAAGGCAACUCCGUCUACGUGGACCUGCCUGCUGAGAAUCAAGGACAGGCUCCGGCACCAUCGGGCGAGGGUAGUGUCAUCGUGGUGCCGGCACCUCUGCCCGGCUGCCCCGAGCUUGCUCUACCUCACGGGCCCGCUCUACCGGCGGACCGACCUCCACUUGAUGCUGGAUCGACGGACGAUGUGUUGGUACCAGCCCCUGGGGGCGACAACCUCGAGGUGGACCAGGCCGCCAAGAGAAAGAUCGACGAGCUGCAAGACCCGAGCCUAGUUGCCCGACGCGGGUUCGACAUCGAGGCUGAUGCUCGGCAUGCGCUCCUGGACCCCGAUCCGGAGCGCGACGAGCUAGUGGCAGAGGCUGAGACGGAGGGUCAGGACUCGAUCAUCGCUGCUGAUGUCUGCCUGACUUCCAUGGCGCGCACCGGCGGGCCCUGCUACGAGGCAUUGCUGGCGAAGGGUCGCAAGGAGAUCACUGACAAGCUCCGCCCCGACCUCAUCGAGGAGAUCCUGAACGCCAAGAUGACCGAGUGGCAGACCGUGGACCAGGAGAAGCAUGCCGCACGCGUGUGCAGUCUGAAGGAGUCAGGUGAGAUCAAGCGUACCCGACCUGACCGACUCGUUGACACACGUUUCGUCCAGACCACCAAGCACGACCCCGACGGCAAGGAGUUGGCAAAGGCUCGUUGGGUUGCCAGAGGUUGCAAGGACCCGGACGCUCUCAAGCUCGUCUAUUGGAACCAGACGGCCGCACCCACGGUAUUGCAGAACGCUCGAAUGCUGACACUUCAGCUGGCUGCAUCUCAUCAAUGGCGACUUCAGAUCGGAGAUAUCAGGGGCGCCUUUAUGGAGAGCGACCCGCUACGACGACCGGAUGGACCACUCUACGCGAAGCAACCACCUGGCGGUCUUCCUGGCCUUCAUCCUGAUCAGGUGGUGGAAUUUGUGCUACCCCUGUACGGCUUGGACCGCGCUCCUUGCCGGUGGUAUUCAAAGAUUUCAGGUUGGCUUACAGAUCAGACGGCUCACGAGGGCAGGCCGUGGUCAAAGUCACGUUUGGACCCCUGCCUCUUCUUCCUCCGUGAUGCUCAAUGUCGGCUUUGUGGUAUCCUGGUGGUCCACGUUGACGAUGUGUUGAUCGCAGGUGAGGGCAUUUAUUUCCAGGAGGACCCGACGACGUUCGACAUCUCCAUCCGCCAGACCACGCCUUACCAGGAGCUCAAGCCACUGGCGGACGGCUUGACGAAAGACACUGCUGAGACGUGUGACUUGCUCAGGGGUGUCAUCAGGACCGGAAGCUACCAGAUCUCCGAGGAGAGUCUCAUGCUGGACUUGGCGAAGACGGAGCGGGAGCAGAGGAAGGGCAUCAAGAAGUGA